AUGGAAAAGUGUAAACCAGUGACAACUCCACUUGUCACAAAUCAAAAAUUGUCCAAGAAUAAUGGAAAUAACCAAGCUGAUGCUUGUACUUUCAGAAGUAUAGUUGGCGGCCUACUUUACUUAACUGCAACCAGACCAGAUAUCAUGUUUCUAGUAAGUCUUUUAUCAAGGUUCAUGCAUUCCCCAUCUCAAACUCAUCUUUGUGCAGCAAAAAGGGUUCUUAGAUACUUGAAAGGGACUCUUGAUGAAGGUAUCUGGUACAACAGGCAUAAAAAUAUAAUUCUUGAAGGAUAUGUUGAUAGUGACUGCGCAGGUAGCGUUGAUGACUCCAAGAGUACAACUGGUUACAUUUUUUUAUUUGGCAAUGGAGCAUUCUCUUGGAAUUCGAAAAAGCAAGAUGUAGUGGCUCAAUCCUCAACUGAAGCUGAGUAUAUUGCAGCAGCAACAACUGUAAAUCAAGCCUUGUGGAUUAACAAAAUAUUGGUUGAUAUUGCUUAA